AUGGAAGAUCAAGAAUCAACAAAUAUUCAAGAAUUAGGACCAGUUGAAAAUGCUUGGGCUAUGAAAAUUCCCAAAUUUACUCCAGAUGAUAAUCCUCAUGGUCUUCUCGAAGAAAGUAAAUUUGCUACGUUAUUUCCAAAAUAUCGCGAGCAAUAUUUGAAAGAAUGCUGGCCACUAGUUCAAAAAGUAUUAAAAGAACACCAUAUUGUAGCUGAAUUAGAUCUUAUUGAAGGAAGUCUAACUGUAAAAACAACUAGGAAAACAUGGGACCCAUAUAUAAUAAUUAAGGCUAGAGAUCUAAUGAAAUUACUUUCCAGAAGUGUUCCAUUUGAACAAGCUGUAAGAGUGCUACAAGAUGAAAUUGGUUGUGAUAUAAUAAAAAUUAACUCAUUUGUGCGUAAAAAAGAAACAUUUUUAAAAAGACGGCAACGUCUAAUUGGUCCAAACGGAGUAACACUUAAAUCCAUAGAAUUAUUAACUGAAUGUUAUGUACUUGUACAAGGAAACACAGUUUCAGCAGUUGGUCCAUACAAAGGAUUAGUUCAAGUUAGGCGAAUUGUUGAAGAUACUAUGAAAAAUAUUCAUCCAAUGUAUAACAUUAAAAGUUUAAUGAUCAAAAGGGAAUUGAUGAAAGAUCCUAGACUUAAAAAUGAAAGUUGGGAUAGAUUCUUACCAAAAUUCAAGAGUAAAAAUGUACCAAGAAAGCAACCAAAACAAAAAGUUAAGAAGAAUCCUUAUACACCAUUUCCUCCACCUCAGCCUGAAAGUAAAAUUGACCGUGAAUUGGCUACAGGUGAAUAUUUCCUUAAAGAUGAACAGAAAAAAGCUAAAAGAAGACAUGAAAAAGAAGAAAAACAAAUGCAAACAAAGAGAGCUAGAGAAGAAGAAAGAAAGAAAGAUUUUAUACCACCUGAAGAAAAAAGCAAUGAAGUACCAACAACAUCAACUGAAUCUUCCAUUGAUAUAAAUAAAUUUAAAGCUAAAAUGAAGAAAUUAUCUAAGCAACAUAAAGUAGGCAGAAAGCCACAAACAUAA